AGUUGCUAAGGCUAUCGGAAGAACACUGUUGACGAAGUAGUUCUACAUUGGCCAUGUGAGAUGCUUUGGUCAUGCACUUUUAUUGUGUACAGUAAACAUUUUUAGAUUGUUAAUCGCUUUUGUGAGUAAUAUUUACCAAAAUGAAGAGGAAGGUUGAAGAAACGACUACGGACUGUGACAAUGAGACGGAAUCCAUUGAGCCGAAUCUGGAUGAAGAUGGGGACGAGAGGCCGACGAAAGCCCCCAAAGGCGAUUCAAAGAGAAAGGCUUCAAAUCCUGACCUUGUUCGCCCACUGAAAGUGUCAAAUAAGGAUUUAUACAAAGCUCCCACUCCAGAGGAGUUGAACCAGCUGAAGGAGACCGAGAGUCUGUUUCAUUGCAGCCUGCUGAAAAUGCAGAUGGAGGAGCUUCUGAAGGAGGUGGCUUUAAGUGACAACAAAAAGCGACUGGUGGACUCCUUUGUGUUGAAGAUAACUGAACUUCUCCAGUCUGUGCCAGAGUCCUCUGUGGUUGAGGUGAGUGACACCACAUGGCUGUCAAAGGUGGAGGUGCCAUUCAUUCUGGUCCCCAAAUCAACCAAAGGCAAGUUUCACAUGGAGCCGCCAGCCUCAGUGGCCCUGAUUGGGAGCUAUCCUCUGGGCACCUGCAUCAAACCACGAGUUGCUGUGGACCUGAUGGUCACCAUCCCUUCUAGUGUAAUACAUCCAAUGGAUGCCAUCAACCAGCGGUACUCCCGGAAGAGGGCACUAUACCUUGCUGGUCUGGCAGAGCAUCUCCUCUCUUCUAAAGAGGUUGGAACGCUGCGCUAUUCUUGUCUCCAUGGCAACCGCCUCCGGCCCAUCUUGCUGCUGACGCCUCCAGGUAAAGAUACUAGUAGUGUGACCUUACGCAUCCAUGCCUGCCCCCCAUCUGACUUCCUGAAGCCGAGUCACCUCAACCCCCGCAAGAGCAAGAUCCAGACCGAGUGGUACACAGGCAUCGAUGCCCCACAGCCAGGAGGCGCCGACACCCCCACCCCUUAUUACAACAGCACGGUGCUGGGAGACCACCUUCCUGGAGCCCAUCUCCAGUUCCUGUCUGCAGUCCGAGAUCAGUGUGGCGCCUUCAAAGACGCUGUAGCCCUACUGAAGGUGUGGCUGAGACAGAGAGAGUUGGAUCAGGGCUCGGGGUGUUUUGGUGGGUUUCUGGCCUCCAUGUUGCUGGCCUACCUUCUUACUUCUCACAAAGUCAGCAACCACAUGUCUGCCUAUCAACUGUUCCGGAAUGCCCUACACUUCCUGGCUUCAACAGACCUGACGGAGAAUGGGAUCACCCUGGCCAGAAACCCUGACUCUAAAGCCCCCAGCCUGUCAGACUUCCACAGUGCAUUCCAAGUAGUGUUUGUGGACCCCUCUGGACACCUCAAUCUUUGUGCCGAUAUGACCACCCAAACCUACAAACAGAUCCAGCAUGAAGCGUCGCUGUCAGUGCGGUUUUGGGACGACCCCACCAUGGACGGUUUCCAGGCCAUGUUGAUGACGCCCAAGCCUCUGGUCAGGACCUACGAUCACGUCUUCCAACUCAGUGGGUUGGCCAAAAUGCAGUCCGCAUGCAAGAAGCUCGAUCUCUUCAGCGAGCUCAUGGACCACAGCGGGAACUACGUUGUCACUGCGCUUCCUCUUCUACUGUCCCUCCUGCAACGAGGACUAGGAGAACGGAUCCACGUGCUCGCCCACUCACUGCCUUCUGAUCCUGAGUGGCCAGUGACCAGUGAGCCUCCCAAACACAAGGACCAGCCGCCCCUGUCCUUCGGCCUGCUGCUCAACCCAGACCAUCUGGUCUCUGUGCUCGAGAAAGGCCCGGCGGCAGACAGCCCAAAGGCGGCAGAGUUCCGCCAGCUGUGGGGUGAUCGCUCUGAGCUGAGGCGCUUUCAGGACGGCUCCAUCACAGAGGCGGUGCUGUGGGAGGCCUCCACCACCUGCCUCAAGAGGCUGGUGCCCCAGCAGAUCAUCAGUCACCUGCUGCAGCUUCAUGCUGAUAUCCCCCCCUCCUGUAUCCGCUAUGUUGGUGGGCUGCUUGAUGAUGUGAUCAUAGUGCGAAAAGAGAGCUGUGGCACAGGCGAGGAGGAGAGCCUGAAGGUUGUUCAGAGUUAUGAUGACCUGAGCCGUAAGCUAUGGCAGCUGGAGAAUCUACCGCUGUCAAUCACCUCAGUACAGGGAGCCCACCCUGCCCUCCGAUACACACAGGUCAUCCCCCCUGUCCCAGUGAAGCUGGACUACAAGCGCUUUGACCGGGAGAAGCACAUCCGCGCCCUCCUGCCUCAGGAGGGGAAGCCCUGUCCAGCCUACAUCACCCCUAUCAAAGUGAUCUGUCACAUGGAGGGCAGUGGCAAGUGGCCGCACGACCGCUUGGCCAUCCGUCACAUCAAGGCAGCAUUCCAUAUCCGCCUGGCAGAGUUGCUGAAGAACACCCACAAGUACCCCUGCAACCCCACGCCAACACACCUGGAUGUCUGGAAGGACGGUCUAGCAUUCCGGAUCCAGGUGGCAUAUCACCGUGAGCCUCAGGUCCUGAGGGAGGUGGUGUCCCCGGACGGGAUGCUGCUCGUGCGCGACAACCCCGAGGCUCAGGCCCUGGAGCUGGAGACCCAGCAUCGGCCUCUACUCACCAGCACACUGCAUGGGCUCCAGCAACAGCACCCUUGUUUUGGGGCCGUGUGUCGGCUGGCUAAGCGGUGGCUGGGAGCGCAGCUGUUCAGCGCAGACGUCUGCGAGGACGCAGCCGACUUGCUGGUGGCCUACCUCUUCCUGCACCCCGCACCCUUCACCCCUCCCAGUUCUCCUCAGGUCGGGUUCCUCCGGUUCCUGCACCUGCUCUCUUCCUUUGACUGGAGGAACAGUCCACUAGUGGUGAACCUCAACAGCCAACUCACAGCGGCUGACUACACCGAGAUCAAGAAUGCCUUUGUGGCUUCCAGAGAAUCCCUGCCCACCAUGUUCAUUGGCACGCCAACUGAUAGGAAGCUGUCUAUGUGGACUGCAGAGGCUCCAUCUGUACAGAUGCUGCAGCGCAUCAUCACUGUGGCAGCAGAGAGCCUCCACGUUCUUGAGGCCCAGCUCACAGACCGCACACAGACGCAAGAUGUGCGAGUUGCCUUCCGGCCACCCCUGGACGUGUACGACGUGUUGAUCCACUUGAGGCCCAAGCAGGUGCCCCUGGUGGAGAGUGCAGUGGACCCCCCCAAACACCCGCCUCCCCGGGGGGCCCACGAGGGCGCCGUGGCUGGAGGGGUGCUGCCCGUGGUCGACUUCAACCCCGUCAGCCUGUACCUCACAGAGCUCCGAGAAGCUUUUGGAGAUGUCGCCCUGUUUUUCUAUGACCCCUAUGGCGGUACGGUUAUUGCGGUGCUAUGGAAGCCAAAAGCCUUCACCCCUCAUCCAUUUAAGACGGGGAUGAUGGGCGCCCGUUGUGUGGAGGUUUCCGAAGACAAAGCCUCCACUGUGCCAAACGUAGAGGCCAUCCUGCACGACUUCAGUGUCCUUGGCGAGGGGCUGGUCCACAAGGUGGUGCCAAGGACCGAGAAAUGGGUUGUCUGAAUGUUCGCUCGACGUAACAAGUUGGGACAAGUUGAUUGUGAAACUGAAUAAUGGCUUUUUUUUCCAUGGAAAAGUUGACAUAAAACGAACUACUCCAAA